AUGCCGGUCAUCGCAGAACUCAAUGCGAACAGAAAGCUGAAUUUCUACUACAUCACCAUGCUACGUGACCCCGUGUCCCGCUACCUCAGCGAGUGGAAGCACGUGCAGCGCGGGGCCACUUGGAAAACAGCUCUCCACAUGUGCGACGGCCGCCCGCCCACUCAGGAGGAGCUCCCCGCCUGCUACAAUGGUGAAGACUGGACCGGCGUGCCUCUGGCAGACUUCAUGAACUGCCCGUCUAACCUCGCCAACAACCGCCAGGUCCGCAUGCUGGCCGACCUCAGCCUGGUGGGCUGCUACAACAUGUCCUCCAUGAGCGAGCUGGAGCGAGGCCACGUGCUGCUCGCCAGCGCCAAGGCCAACCUGCGCAACAUGGCUUUCUAUGGCCUGACAGAGUUCCAGCGCAAGACACAGUACCUCUUCGAGCGGACGUUUGGCCUGCGCUUCAUCCGGGCCUUCACGCAGCUCAACAGCACGCGUGCAGCCAGCGUGGGGAUCAGUGAGAAGGUGCGGUGGCGCAUCGAGGGGCUGAACGCCCUCGACAUGGAGCUGUACGAGUACGCCAAGGAGCUGUUCCUGAGACGCUACCAGUACAACCGCCAGAGGCAGCACCAGGAGGAGCGGCUGAGGAGGAGGCAGGAGAGGCAGCACAGGCAGCAGCUGCACAGGACCUAUCUGGCUGAGCUCUGGAGACUGGGAGGAGGAGGAGGAGGAGGAGGGGAGGAAGACGAGGAGCAGGACGUGGUGAAGGUGCUUGGGAACGUGGCCACCACAGAGGAUUACAGCAGCCAGGUGGUGCAGUGGUGAGGACACGCGGCGCUGACUGAUGGCUGUCUGAUUCAUCGUGCUUUCCUCUCCUCCCUCCGUCUCCCUCCGUCUCCCCUCGGCCUCGCCUCUGCUGUGAAUCUGCCAACAACCUCCCGCUCUCAUGACGCUUUGUUGGACUGCCCAAUGGUGUCUUAAUAUUUAUGAUGGAUGUAUUUGUCAUGGCAACAUAAACAUUUUGUAUUUGGGUUUUUUUCUUAUGGCUGUUUUGGCACUGCAGUUGUGAAAUGUAUUUAUUUAUUUAUUAGCCAGAGCUUUGAAUGUUCUCAAAGCAGCGAGAAUGUUUCCUACAUUUCGCAAAGAAAUUACUGAAAAAAUAACGUGUCUGAUGACGAGGGGCAAUUUUAGUAUCUUUUCAAAAUGGCGAAGGACUCUCGGGAUGAUCUGUGUCAUGUCUGUGAUCUAGCGCCGUGUCGAGCAGUGGAAUCUUGUAGUUGCUCUGUGGUGUUUGGCUUCAUAGGAAUAUCAAAGCACAAACUUGGCGGUGUAGUCUGCGCUGUGUUUUUCUUUUCUGACUGACGAAGCUGCAGAAACAAUCAAAGCCAUUUCUCGCAGGAAAUGUGUUAUAAAAAUAAAAAAAACAUGCAGCAUCCAGUGAUGUAAAUUUGUCCCUGACGGCCUCUCUGGUUCGCAAGUGUACAUGCACAUGUUCUUGCUUUGCUCCUUUUUUCACAGCAUGUUCUCACCAUAAAAAUCUU